AGUUAUGAACAGAAGGUAGCUUAGAAUACAUAUCAUGAAAACCACCGUGCUACAAAGAAGAACUGAUCAAAUCCCCGUUUGCAGGGUUAACUGAGUUGAUCUGAACAGUUUUUCAGCUGGGAAAACUACUUAAACAUCGGCGCCAUGAAUCCGCCUAACAGCACAUCUGUGUUUUGGAAACUCCAGGACUUCACAGCACAUAAGGAUGAUGUGUCGUGUCUGUGUCUGGGUCAGAAGACAGCCAAGAUCAUGGCCACCGGCAGUGUAGACCACUCGGUCAAUAUAUGGUCCGUCAACAAGCCACACCGAAUCAUGAAUCUGACCGGGCAGACCUCUCCCAUAACAGCCGUGAAUUUCAACACUAGUGAUGAACUCCUGCUGGCGGGUUGUCAGGCGGGAGUGAUGAAGUUGUGGGACUUACAGGCCGCCAAAAUAAUCCGUACAAUGUCGUGUCACAAGAGUGCCCUGAGGGCGUUUGCCUUUCAUCCCUAUGCAGAUGUGCUGGCCACAGGGGCAGCAGACUCCUCCCUCAAACUGUGGGACCUCAGACGCAAGGGAAUGCUAUACCACUUCAAAUGGCACAAGAACAGUAUCAAUUCGCUUGCCUUCUCUCCGGAUGGGAUGUGGUUGGCAUCCACCAGUGAGGACAACACAUCCAAAAUGACAGAGUUGAAGACUGGAUCCCUCAUUGCAGACUUCAAGGAACACACUGCACCUGUGAAAAGUGGCGUGUUCCAUCCAAACGAAUUCCUAUAUGCCACGGGCAGUUCAGACAAAACAGUGAAGUUCUGGGACCUGGAGACAUUCCAGAUGAUCGGAACCAGUCAGCCGGAUACCCAGCCAGUGAAGUGUAUCUACUUCGAGCAGGAGGGUCGCUUCCUCUUCUCAGCCACAGACCACUCUUUGAAGUUGUUCACAUGGGAACCUCAGACUUCACAGUUGGACUCUCUAGUAGUCAAUUGGGGACACGUGGGCGCCAUAGGGCAGAUAUCCCGCCAGAUUAUUGUGGCCAACCACUCGAAGACCAGUGUAUCUACACAUGUAGUGGAUUUUGAGCGGCUCAACAGCCAGGUAACCAAUGGAGCAGCAGCAGCACAUGUGCCCCCCUCACCAGUGUCACAACAGCAGUCCAGUGUAGAUAACCAGAACAGGGACACCCCACUCAGUCCCCCCAAUUACUCCUCGGGUUCUAGGAAGAACUUCACAAAAGAGAACAAACCACAGAACAGUGUCAACUCUAACGAGAAUGACGACGAAGACAACGUGUCACAAGUGCAGAUCGAGAAUGAAGACGACUACAGAGCUAUAUUCAACCCUAAACUAAAGCUAAACAGAUCGCCUAGCCGAGAUGGACAAAUGUUCAAACCUCCAGGUGCUCCAGAAACCAGUGCCGCCUCCAACAUUUCAGCUUCCAAACCUCAGCCUUCCCCCGGAAACAACGCCGUCAAUCUAGAAGCUAGGCCACACACCAGUUGCAGAUCAGUUUCUCCCAAAGCAGCCAAUCACGUGCACUCACCUAAUGGGCAUGGCGUGAAAGUGGAAAAGAGGGAGUCAGUUAAGCAGAGUAACGUAGGUGCUCAAGGACCACAGAAUAACGAAUUUGAUUCUUCACUGAUCGCAGAGUUUGACCAUAAAAUCAAAGUGAACAAUGUGCAGCUAGAUGCAGUUGGAGACGUGGGUAGUGUGUUGGAACAUGUAGUGGCCAGGAACUGUAGGGGCCAUGACACAGUGAGGGACACUCUAGUGGACAGGAUGAGGAAACUAGACACUAUAAGGACACUACUCACAUCCUCAACUGCAGACCCAUUCAUAUCAUGGAAGAGAGCUUCGGAUGAUGCUGUUGCGUUCUGUGACCAGUCAGUGACUAACGACAUACUUUCAGUCAUUAACAACAAACAGUCAGUGUGGUCCCUAGAUCUGCUGUGUGGACUUCUGCCAUCAGUGAUUGAGCUUUGUAGAUCCAGACACCCACCUUACGUGGCCAAUGGGCUGGCUGCUCUCAAGAUGGGAGUGAAAUUGUUCGGAAGUCUUAUCAAGCAGACUGUUCAGACGGACGUCAAUGGCAUUGACCUGUCACAAGAAGAGAGGAAGAAGAAAUGCGACAAAUGCUAUCGACUCAUUAUGAACUAUCUUCCGGAGCUCCAAGAGAAGAGCAGUUCAUCUUCAGACAGAGACACACAGCCGGUAUUCAGGGAACUGGUUUACCUCAUCAAUUCCAAACUAUAGCCUUUCUCGCUCCAGGAACCACACCAAAUACCAGUGAUCAAAAGCGCCAUUUAUGUGUUUCAGGCGACCAAACAGACCAUAAAUAGAUGAAUGGUUUAUAUGAUGUAAUACAGCGUGACCGUGAUCCAAUCAUGCUUUUAGCCCUGAUUCUACUUAAAAUAGAUUUGUCGUUUUGCUUAUUGUGAAAUUGCCUGAAGACUGGUUAGAGUUGUCUAAAUAUAUUGAAAAAGUAAACGGAAAAAAUAAACGGAAUCGAUCGGUCGAUAUAACUUCUAUCGUAUCGGUCGAUAUAAUAAAUAUUGUCAAAUUUUACGCCCUAAAGUUAAAUUAUUAAGGGUAGCAAUCAAGUUCCUAUCAUGUUCGUUAUUUCUUUGCCUGUAGCUAAAAAAAACUUGGUGCAGAAGAUCCGUCGGACAAUUCCAGGCAAUGCAAGCAAGUUAAUCAUCGGAAUGGAAUGUAUGAAUUUCCAGAAACAAGUUUUCUUGGUUUUUACACUUGCGAAGCAAAGUGUAUUAGUAAGAACUUUAUUUUUUUUCAACUUAAGUCGCAAUUAAAAGUGCUACUUUUGAUGGAACUUUUGAAUCAGUAGGCUGCGGUAGCAGUAUAAUAUCAUAUGUGCUUUGAUAUUUGAUUACUAAAAAGUUAACACAGCUGAUGCAUUUUUAUUUCAUCAAAUGAAUCGAAAAAACUUUGUUUCAAACAGCAGUACAAAGAUGAAAAACUCGUUAUCAGAAAAUUUGCAACUCAAGGUAUCUCGCAGUUUUUUGAAAUGCUUAAUUUAUACAUAAUUUGGCUUUAUGCUUUCCAAUUUAUUACAUGCAAAAGUGUGUCUUUUGUAAUAGUUGCUACUUUUGCUGCAUCGAAUUGGAAAUUUAUUAGCAUAUGUAGCUGGGUUAUUGGUGGCUAGUUAUUAGUGAUUUUAAGCACCCGUGGCUGAUUGGUUAAUGCGUGAGACACAAAUUUGUUAGGUCGCAGAUUCGAAUCGAAUCGUAGCCGAGGUUUUGCUAAUUCGAGGCUUAUUUUUUUUUCUUAUUUCAGUUGAUAGAGCUGAUUUUUGGCCGUGUUCUCGCAAAUGUUUGCGAAGCGCAGCUUCGCAUCUGUGUUUAUCACUCUACCACAAAGAUUAAAGACCUGAUUUUCCCGAUGCACAAACUGCUUUGGAAGCUUCAAGAUCAUUUUAUGGUACUUAUAGUCUGUUAAUUACCCUGACCUUAAGCAAGGGUAUUGCUAUCGGUUACUAGACUUGUUUUCCCGUAGAUAAAUUAAGGCACAGAAUGGCCAAUUGUGAAAAAUUGUAAAUUUCAGACAAUGCUCAAUUUCCUGAAAGUUCAAAUUAAACCCACCUUCAUUUAGGUAGUGAAAAGGUGUACUCCUUUCCGGUGUUAGUUUAUUUCAAUUAAUUUUCUGGAAAAAAUUAUGAUUUUUUAGGAUUCGUGGUUUUCGGCCUAGUUUCCUUCGCUUCGUUUCCCGUUUGCUUAAUUGUCUCUGCAAUUCCUUUUUUGCUCUCCUUUUUCUUUUGUUUUUCAGUCGCAUUUUUUUCGUAAGCUUUUGUCAGCCGGUCUACGUACUGUUGAUUGUCGUUCUCGGAAAAGUCGUGAUCCCUCUAAAGGCGACGAGCAGAGAUGUCUCUCCCGAUUGCAUUAAAAAUUCCUUGGGAGUUUUCUCCGAGUUCAAAGGAGUUAAUCUGGGCGCUGAGUGAAAAGUACUCGUUAUCGAAUAUUUUUUCGCCCGUGUAAUCAAGAGAACUAGAAAACUAAAUCUUUUAUCAAGCUUAAUUCCUUUAAAAAAUUCCCUCAUCCAGAGUUCUCCCAUGGACGUUGGUUGGCACUUGGCCUGUCAUGCAACAUAGAUGCUAGCAACUUAUAAAACCAACGUCCCCAAUUUCUUGCACCUCGCAACUCCUCGCCCUGCGCUGCCCUACCCAGCCUCUCCCUACCCUGCCUUGCCCCUCCUCCCUCUGCGCUGCCCUACCCAACCUGCCCCUCCUCCCACUACCCUACAUUGCCCCUCCUCGCCUUUCCCUGCCUUACCCCUCCUCGCCCUAGUUUGUCCGACUCAAAGGUGAUUGUUAUCGGUGUCCUUUAGAAUUAGUUCAUAUAAGUUAUGGAAAUACUUUACUGAUACUGAGUUUUCAAGUUUUGAAUGACUCUAAAAGAAAAUUACGAUAAGUUUUUAUUUUUUAGAGAAAGAAAUAAGAAAAAGAAUAGAAUAGUUAAGUCGUUUGUUUGGGAAAAAGAAAUUAGAGUCACUAAAAAGUGCAGGCAGGCUCAUCCGAAACAAUUUUUGUUUGGUUUUCCCUGCACCUGCUAUUAGACUUCAGUCUUCUUUUAGUCUCGUACCCUCCUUUUGAUCAGGAGACAGGUAAUUGCAUUUUAUCGAUUUUGUAUAAUUAAAAAAAUCAAUUUUUACUUUAACUGGAGAUUUUCAUAAUAUUUCCACCUGCUUUAGGUGAUUAUUCAGAGCAGUGGGGCAUUCAUUUUUUUCAAAGCCAAAACAAUAGUCACACUCCGCCUGACUGGAGUCUUUGAUGAAUAUUAAGUUCCCUCGGUCAUCCGUUAAACUUUAUUAAAAUUCUUUGCAUUUUUCCAAGGUGAAUAAAACUGAAAGUAUAAAAAAAAUUUCAGAAUUUGGAAAGUUAGUUAUUUGGAUGUUUAAACUUUAACGUCAAGUCGUUCGGUUGAAAUCUGAAUCGAAGUUAAAAAGGCGUUCUUAUCCUAAGUCGUGUGUAGCUUUUCCAAUACUACAAACGGGGACCGAUCGUUUAAGAGAACAAUCUUUCAGCAUUAAAAGUGAAAAUUGAGUCUUUUAGCAGACCAGCGAAAUAUAAUGAUACAUGAUUGAUUGACAGACUCAAAUUGACGCUCAGUUUGGGGCCAAACUUCCCCAACAAGACAAUUUUUUCACGAUUUUGUCAGCAAAACUACCAACUUCAAAAACACAACAGUCUAAAUUAGCGGCAAAACGAAGAUUUACGCACACAAUAACACUCGUGUUGAAUUGAAGAGCAGACAAACAAGCGGUCGCUAAUCGCCAAUGCCGCGUUUGAAGUUAGCUUUCUGAGUUUAUAAUUGUUCUGCUAAAACCGGUCUUCUAAAAUCCCUAGUAUCACAAACGUAUUUUGCUGCUGGUUAUCUAAGAUUACUGUUUGCGUGAAAUUAGUGUAUGGCAAAGUUCUACAGAUAGGUGGUUAAGGCAAUGACUCUUAGUCGAGAGGUCCGAGUCCUUUUUCUCAGAAUAUUUUUGUGUUUUCGGCUUACAUUUAUCUUUUUGAAAUCGUUUUGUGAAUAAUUUUUGUCUGAUUCGACGGCCGAUCGCAAGUCCGACCUAGUAUUCUGUUGAAAUUGCUCACUUAAUUGAUUUGAUUUUUAAUUAAA